CUCAGCCUUUUGGACCCAGGACCCUGCAGCAUGACUGUCAAGAAGAUCGCUAUCUUCGGUGCCACCAGUAGGACCGGGCUCACCACAUUGGCGCAGGCGGUGCAAGCAGGUUAUGAGGUGACCGUGCUGGUUCGAGACUCCAGCAGGCUGCCGUGGGAGGGGCCCCAGCCAGCCCACGUGGUGGUGGGAGAUGUUCGGCAGGCGGCCGAUGUGGACAAGGCCGUGGCUGGGCAGGAUGCUGUCAUCGUGCUGCUGGGCACUGGCAACGACCUCAGUCCCACGACAGUAAUGUCCGAGGGCACCUGGAACAUUGUGGUGGCCAUGGAGGCGCAUGGAGUGGACAAGGUCGUGGCCUGCACCUCGGGUCUCCGCCAGUUGAUCCUGGGCCAAAAGGAAAGUUCUCUGAUCUUCGGGAGUUUUGGAAAGAAGCUGGACAGGGACUCCAACAGGGUGAAUUCCAGCCCUUGA